AUUCUGUUCUGGCUGUACCCGCUCUUCUUUCCUUCCCUUUCAAUUCGCACCACUUGUUUCGCGUGAAGACCAUGAAGACCUUGUGGCUCCUCGCUCUGGGCAUGCUUGCCUUGGCUGCCGCGCAGGAAGCCAACGGCGUGACGUCUGCGGAUGACGUUCAAGAGGCUGACGCUGUGAGCGCUGAGGGUGGCCUGCGUGGGCUGACAUACUACACCACUGAGCAUCAUGAGAGUGACGCCGCGAGCGAGCAGACUACUGCUGAGUGCAUCAAGAACUAUGAUUGGGGAUGUCAGAAGUGCAAGUCGGUCCAGGGUUUAGGGUCUAGGGUUCAUAGACCGACGAUCCACUGAUCUGUGAGACAGGACGGCUGUUGAGUCUUUGUCCGUUCCAUGAGACAGGCCAUGGCGGACAGGACGUCAGACAGAAUGGACUGACGCAUACUACAUGUCCUACGUGGACUCUCCACAAAAUCCACAGACCUUACGUUGCAUUGACUUAAUCCUUUAUCCGGGACUGACCGCCCGGCAGAUCCUCUCUUCACCAUUCUCCCCGACUCUCUCCCACCUAUUCUUACAGGUUGUAUUAUAUACGGUACGCACAUCGGCAUCCCACACACAGCCCACCACAGGCGAUGGCCAUCUGGUCUGCGAUUAUCUCUCUCUCUCUCCUCGUCUGUGUGUGUGCAGGCCCCACCGGCUGGCGUCUGGUGGAUGAAAUUCGGAGUAAAUGAUGCGUGGGUUCCAUUUGAGAGGUCCGAUAGAUAGCAGCGUGAGUGAAUGAGUGAGUGAGUCAGUGAGUGGUGGUGGGCUGCCAGCAGGCAGACACAUAGAGG